AUUACAUUUUACAUCCAUCACUAAGUAUUAAAAAAGUACCAUCUCCUCCUCCACAUGGCGUCUUCCUCCGUCGUCAUCAAGGCCAAGUAUCGAAAAAUACUCAGGCGCUUUCGAGUUUCUAUCAGCAACAAGAAACUGGCUCUUGAUUUGGUUAUGUUUAAGGGAUAAGAUCCGUGGUUUCUUUGGGUUUGGUUUUGGGGAUGAGUUUAUUAUGAAAUAUGUUGAUGAAGAUGGCGAUUUGGUGAUGCUUGCUAGUGAUGAUGAUCUCCAUGAUAUUGUCCUACAGUCUUUGAAUCCUUUGAGGAUUACUGUGAAAUUAAAUAAAGAAAGAAAACUUGGUGGAACUACUGUCGCACCCUUGACAUCUGAGGUUUCCGCAACUUUGCAAUCACCACAAAAAGAGUCUGAAUUUCGACUAUCAAACUCUUUGGUUCCGCAAACUAUGUAUUCAUCAUUACAACUCGAGCCUCAAAUUCACUUCUUGAAGUCUGGAGUUACUCGAACUCUGAGUUCAUCAUCACUCCAACAGCCUCAAUCUCUGUCCAUCAACUCUGCGCUUUCUCAAAAUCUGAAAUCAUCACUACAGCAGAUUCCAUCUCAAAUGUUGAACACUGUGGCUGAACCCUCUACAUCAGAGACUUCUCAGCCUUCGGAAAAGAUGGAGGCACACGCGACUCCGAAGUUCACCUUUAUGGCCGGAGGUGCAUCAAAUGUUUAUGGUCAAACUGUCAAAGACAGUGUCAGUAAGGUUCAGGUGAAACGUAAAGUUGGCAGUACAAACUCAAAGAAGCAAGAAAAGCUGGUUCCUAAAGUUGUGGAGUCUACUGUUCCAAGUUUUGGGUUUGUUAAACCUUUUCCGACGCCGUUCAAUGCUACCAAGGGUUUGAAAGAUUCUGAGUCUAAGUUAGAUAGCAUUUGCGUUAGUGAUGUCACUGUUCCUGAUGUCACCAUCAUGGCUCCAUAUACUAAAUUCACCAAAAUUUGGAAGAUGAGAAAUACAGGUUCCCUGGCAUGGCCCCAAGGCUCAAAAUUUAUGUGUGUCUCGGGAGUUCGGUCAAGUCGCGAUUCUGAUUCGGUUGAUAUCGAGAUCCCAGCCGAUGGUCUGCCUGUGGACAAGGAUCUUGACAUUAAAGUCGAGUUCACUGCUCCUCGACAUCCCUUUUGGCAUGCUUCCGCUUGGCGGAUGGUGUCUCCUUCUGGACAGAAGUUUGGGAGCAUGGUUUCGUUCAGUUUCCAGGUUGAGAAUUCUUUUAAUAAAUUUGUUAGUGAAACCAUGGCCAAUGUGGAUCCGCCUCCUGUUGUAAGGAACCCUGAAGUAGUUAAUCAGGAUCAUCUAAUGGAUGCUGAGAACAGUUUCAUCAAGGUGUCUGGUUCCGAGGGUGCAGCUAUUGAUUCACAAUAUAAGGAUCAGGAGAAUGAUAGUGAUGUGUCAAGCAAUAUGGCUACUCCUUCUGUCUAUUCAGCUUUCAGUUGUACAGAAGUGGAAACUGCUUUGGCUUCUCUUUCAGUAGGAUUGGAUACUGGUUCUAAAGUGCAGCCUAAUAUUCAAGAGGUAAGUGAUGAUCAAGAGCAGGCUCUUCUGAAGGAUUUGGAAGUCAUGGGGUUCAAGCAGCUGGAUUUGAACAAAGAAAUUCUGAGGAUUAACAAUUAUGAUCUGGAGAAAUCUGUUGAUGAUCUUUGUGGUGUUUCUGAUUGGGAUCUAUUGGUGGAUGACCUGCAAGCUGCGGGCUAUGCCGAUGCCAAGAGUAGGCUUUUGAAGAAGAAUAAUGGAAGUAUCAAACACGUGUAUAACAGAAAACUUGAAUCCAAUAACCAGUAAGUCAUGAUGAAAAUAGUACAUGCGAUCAGUAUUGUUGAGAUCAAACCAUCAAACUUUUAGUAACUGUCAGGAGACAUUAGAGUUGUACCCAUGCUUCAUGGGUGAUAUUUGGCAUGUUGUGUAUAGUUUUGGUGUUUCUUUGUAUUGAUCAAGAUUGAAAUCACUGAAGUUUAACAUUGGAUUUGGACUUUUAGUCAAUGAAAAUCAUUCUAUCCUUGGAU